UGACCCUAGCGGGCGGGGCGGCGGACGGGGCGGGGCGGCGGGGCUGACGUGGCCCGCGGCAUGGAGCGGGCGUGAUUCAUCAGUCGCCGCGCGGGGCCGAAGGGGGGGAGCGCAGCGGCCGCCUAGGCGCCCGGGGCCCGGCAGUGGCGAUAGCGACGGCGACAGCGGCGGCGGCGGCGUCCCCGGCCCGGCCUCGCGCGCGCCCGUCUCGCUGUCGGUGGCCGAGCCCCUGCGAAGGUCAAGAUGGAAGAGAUCCUGAGGAAGCUGCAGAAGGAAGCGUCCGGGAGCAAGUACAAAGCCAUCAAGGAGAGCUGCACCUGGGCCCUGGAAACCCUGGGUGGUGUGGAUACCAUUGUCAAGAUCCCUCCACACUUGCUAAGGGAGAAAUGCUUGCUUCCUCUCCAGUUGGCUCUGGAAUCCAAGAAUGUGAAACUGGCCCAACAUGCCUUGGCAGGAAUACAGAAGCUUCUGUCAGAAGAGAGGUUUGUAUCCAUGGAAACAGACUCUGAUGAGAAGCAGCUGCUCAAUCAGAUCCUGAACGCUGUGAAAGUGACGCCUUCCCUCAAUGAAGACCUGCAGGUGGAAGUGAUGAAGGUUUUACUCUGCAUCACCUACACCCCGACAUUUGACCUGAACGGGAGCGCUGUGCUGAAGAUUGCAGAGCUGUGUGUCGCAUGCCAUAAAGCUGGACGUCCACAAAUGCAUGAAAUGGUUAAAAGGUCCAUUACGAAACUCCUCACUGCCCUGUGUCUUCGUGCGCUCCCUGGCCACCAGGGUCCUGUGGCUUUUCACAAGGUGUGCAUUGAGACAUACAUAUGUAGCUGUCACCAGCGUAGUAUAAACACUGCUGUGCGGGCAACUCUCAGUCAAAUGCUGAGUGACUUGACUUUACAGUUACGACAAAGGCAGGAAAACACGAUAAUUGAAAACCCAGAUGUCCCACAGGAAUUCAGGAAUCCAGGGUCGACAGUUGAAUCCCUCUGUGAUGACCUUGUCUCUGUGCUCACUGUUCUGUGUGAGAAGCUGCAAGCCGCCAUCAAUGACCAGCAGCAGCUGCAGCUCCUGUACUUGGAAUGCGUCCUGUCCAUGCUCAACAGCUCCUCCUCCUCCAUGCACCUGCACAGAGGCUUCACAGACCUGAUCUGGAAAAACCUGUGCCCUGCCCUCAUCGUGAUCCUGGGGAAUCCAAUUCAUGAUAAAAGCAUCACCUCUGCUCACAGUAGCAGCGCUGCUUCUGGCAUCGAGUCAGACUCUGCAUCUCCAGGAGUUUCUGACCACGGCCGGGGGUCGGGCUGCUCAUCCACCGCGCCAGCCCUGAGCGGGCCGGUGGCUCGGACCAUUUAUUACAUCGCGGCUGAGCUGGUCCGGCUGGUAGGGUCGGUGGACUCCAUGAAGCCCGUGCUCCAGUCCCUCUAUCACCGUGUGCUGCUUUAUCCCCCACCCCAGCACCGGGUGGAAGCCAUCAAAAUAAUGAAAGAGCUACUUGGGAGCCCACAGCGUCUCUGUGAUUUGGCAGGACCCAGCUCCACUGAACCAGAAUCUAGAAAAAGAUCAAUUUCAAAAAGAAAGUCUCAUCUGGAUCUUCUCAAACUCAUCAUGGACGGCCUGACGGAAGCGUGCGUCAAGGGCGGCAUCGAAGCGUGCUACGCCGCCGUGUGCUGCGUGUGCACCUUGCUCGGGGCCUUGGACGAGCUCAGCCAGGGCAAGGGCUUGAGCGGAGGCCAGGUCCAGCUGCUGCUGCAGCGCCUGGAGGAGCUGAAGGACGGCGCCGAGUGGAGCCGGGACUCCAUGGAGAUCAACGAGGCCGACUUCCGCUGGCAGCGGCGCGUCCUGUCCUCGGAGCACACGUCGUGGGAGUUGGGGAGCGGGAGGAGCCCCGACAUCAGCAUCAGCGUGACCACCGACACGGGCCAGACCACGCUGGAGGGCGAGAUGGGCCAGACGACGCCCGAGGAGCACGCGGACCACCGCAAGAGCAGCCUCAAGUCGCCAGCCGCGCCCGAGAGCAGGGAGACUCUGAGCAAGGUGCCGGAGCCCGAAGCCGUCGACCAGCCAGACGUGGUGCAGAGAAGCCACACGGUCGCUUUCCCCGACAUAACUAACUUCCUGUCGGUGGACUGCAGGAUGAGGUCGUACGGCUCCAGGUACAGCGAGAGCAAUUUCAGCGUGGAUGACCAAGACCUUUCGCGGACCGAAUUUGAUUCCUGCGACCAGUACUCGAUGGCGGCCGAGAAGGACUCGGGGAGGUCAGACGUGUCGGACAUCGGCUCGGACAACGGCUCGCUGGCGGACGAAGAGCAGACCCCUCGGGACUGCCUGGGCCACCGGUCCCUGCGGACUGCCGCCCUGUCCCUGAAGCUGUUGAAGAACCAGGAGGCGGACCAGCACAGCGCCAGGCUGUUCCUGCAGUCCCUGGAAAGCCUCCUUCCCCGCCUGCUGGCUCUGCCCAGCGUGGAGGAGGUGGACUCGGCCCUCCAGAGCUUCGCCUCCACCUUCUGCUCAGGCAUGAUGCACUCCCCCGGAUUCGAUGGGAGUGGCAGCCUCAGCUUGCAGAUGCUGAUGAACGCGGACAGCUUAUACACGGCGGCGCACUGCGCCCUGCUGCUCAACCUGAAGCUCUCCCACGGCGACUACUACCGCAAGCGGCCCGCCCUGGCCCCAGGCGUGAUGAAAGAGUUCAUGAAGCAGGUCCAGACCAGUGGGGUGCUGAUGGUGUUCUCCCAGGCCUGGAUUGAGGAGCUCUACCAUCAGGUGCUCGACAGAAACAUGCUCGGAGAAGCUGGCUACUGGGGCAGCCCGGAGGAUAACAGCCUGCCCCUCAUCACCAUGCUGACCGACAUUGAUGGCUUAGAGAGCAGUGCGAUUGGGGGCCAGCUGAUGGCCUCAGCUUCUACCGAGUCUCCUUUCACCCAGGGCAGGAGAAUUGAUGACUCCACAGUGGCAGGUGUGGCAUUUGCUCGCUAUAUUCUGGUAGGCUGCUGGAAGAACCUGAUCGAUACUUUAUCAACCCCGCUGACUGGCCGAAUGGCAGGAAGCUCCAAAGGGUUGGCCUUCAUUCUGGGAGCUGAAGGCAUCAAAGAGCAGAACCAAAAGGAACGUGACGCCAUCUGCAUGAGCCUCGAUGGGCUGCGGAAAGCGGCGAGGCUGAGCUGUGCUCUAGGAGUUGCGGCUAACUGCGCCUCAGCCCUUGCCCAGAUGGCGGCGGCCUCCUGUGUCCAGGAAGAAAAAGAGGAGAAGGAAGUCCAAGAGCCCAGUGAUGCCAUAGCACAAGUAAAACUGAAAGUGGAGCAGAAACUGGAGCAGAUCGGGAAGCUGCAGGGGGUCUGGCUGCACACCGCCCACGUCUUGUGCAUGGAUGCCAUCCUCAGCGUAGGCCUGGAGAUGGGAAGCCACAACCCAGACUGCUGGCCGCACGUGUUCAGGGUCUGUGAAUACGUGGGCACACUGGAGCACACCCAUUUCAGCGACGGCGCCUCUCAGCCCCCGCUGACCAUCAGCCAGCCCCAGAAGGCGUCAGGGGGCUCCGGACCCCUUGGGGACCCAGAGUGUGAGGGCUCGGCGCCAGAGCAGAGCCUAGAGCCAGAGAGCUCCCUGAGCGCGGCCCCCGUCAUCCAGCCGCUCUCCAUCCAAGAGCUGGUCAGGGAAGGCAGCAGAGGCCGGGCCUCGGACUUCCGCGGGGGCAGCCUCAUGACCGGGAGCAGCGCUGCCAAGGCCGUGCUCACGCUGUCCACCCAGGCCGACAGGCUCUUUGAAGAUGCUACGGACAAGUUGAACCUGAUGGCUUUAGGAGGGUUCCUUUACCAGCUGAAGAAAGCGUCGCAGUCCCAGCUCUUCCAUUCUGUCACGGAUACAGUGGAUUACUCCCUGGCAAUGCCAGGAGAGGUGAAAUCCACCCAAGACCGAAAAAGCGCCCUCCACCUAUUCCGCCUCGGGGAUGCCAUGCUGAGGAUCGUGCGGAGCAAGUCACGGCCACUGCUCCAUGUGAUGCGCUGCUGGAGCCUUGUGGCCCCACACCUGGUGGAGGCUGCCUGCCAUAAGGAAAGGCAUGUGUCUCAGAAGGCCGUUUCCUUCAUCCAUGAUAUAUUGACAGAGGUUCUCACUGACUGGAAUGAGCCGCCUCAUUUUCACUUCAAUGAAGCACUUUUCCGACCUUUUGAGCGUAUCAUGCAGCUGGAGUUGUGUGAUGAGGAUGUCCAAGACCAGGUUGUCACAUCCAUUGGCGAGCUAGUUGAAGUUUGUUCCACACAAAUCCAGUCAGGAUGGAGGCCCUUGUUCAGUGCCCUGGAAACUGUGCACAGUGGGAACAAGUCUGAGGUGAAGGAGUAUCUGGUUGGUGAUUAUUCCAUGGGAAAAGGCCAGGCUCCAGUGUUUGAUGUAUUUGAAGCGUUUCUCAAUACCGACAACAUCCAGGUCUUUGCUAAUGCAGCCACAAGUUACAUCAUGUGCCUUAUGAAGUUUGUCAAAGGACUGGGGGAGGUGGACUGUAAGGAAAUAGGAGACUGCGUCCCGGGACCCGGAGCCACGGCCCCAGACCUGUGCCUCCCGGCCCUGGAUUACCUCAGGCGCUGCUCUCAGUUACUGGCCAAAAUCUACAAAAUGCCCUUGAAGCCAAUAUUCCUUAGUGGGCGACUUGCUAGCUUGCCUCGGAGACUUCAGGAGCAGUCGGCGAGCAGUGAGGAUGGAAUGGAGUCGGUCCUGUCUGAUUUUGAUGACGACACUGGGCUGAUAGAAGUCUGGAUCAUCCUCCUGGAGCAGCUGACAGCAGCUGUGUCCAACUGUCCCCGUCAGCACCAACCGCCAACCUUGGAUUUACUCUUCGAGCUGUUGAGAGAUGUGACCAGAACACCUGGACCAGGAUUUGGUAUCUAUGCAGUUGUUCACCUCCUCCUCCCUGUGAUGUCCGUUUGGCUCCGCCGUAGCCACAAAGACCAUUCAUACUGGGAUGCGGCUUCUGCUAAUUUCAAGCAUGCCAUCGGCCUGUCUUGUGAGCUGGUGGUGGAGCACAUUCAAAGCUUUAUACACUCAGACAUCAGGUAUGAGAGCAUGAUCAACACGAUGCUGAAGGACCUGUUUGAGUUACUGGUAGCGUGUGUGGCCAAGCCCACAGAAACCAUCUCCAGAGUGGGCUGCUCCUGUAUUAGGUACGUCCUCGUCACCGCGGGCCCCGUGUUCACUGAAGAAAUGUGGAGGCUUGCCUGCUGUGCCCUGCAGGACGCCUUCUCCGCCACCCUCAAGCCCGUGAAGGAUCUGCUGGGCUGCUUCCACAGCGGCACCGAGAGCUUCAGUGGGGAAGGCUGCCAGGUGAGGGUGGCGGCCCCCUCCUCCUCCCCCAGUGCCGAGGCCGAGUACUGGCGAAUUCGAGCCAUGGCUCAGCAGGUGUUUAUGUUGGACACCCAGUGCUCACCAAAGACUCCAAACAACUUCGAUCAUGCUCAGUCCUGUCAGCUCAUUAUUGAGCUGCCUCCUGAUGAGAAGCCAAAUGGACACACCAAGAAAAGCGUGUCUUUCAGGGAGAUUGUGGUGAGCUUGCUGUCUCAUCAGGUGUUACUCCAGAACCUGUACGACAUCUUGCUAGAAGAGUUCGUCAAGGGCCCCUCCCCGGGAGAGGAGAAGACGGUGCAAGUCCCGGAGGCCAAGCUGGCCGGCUUCCUCAGGUACAUCUCCAUGCAGAACCUGGCGGUCAUAUUCGACCUGCUGCUGGACUCGUACAGGACGGCGAGGGAGUUCGACACGAGCCCUGGGCUGAAGUGCCUGCUGAAGAAGGUGUCUGGCAUUGGAGGCGCGGCCAACCUCUACCGCCAGUCGGCCAUGAGCUUUAAUAUCUAUUUCCACGCGCUGGUCUGCGCCGUCCUCACCAACCAGGAAACCAUCACGGCCGAGCAAGUGAAGAAAGUGCUUUUCGAGGACGAGGAGAGAAGCACAGACUCGUCCCAGCAGUGCUCGUCCGAAGACGAAGACAUUUUUGAGGAGACGGCCCAGGUGAGCCCCCCGAGGGGCAAGGAGAAGCGGCAGUGGAGGGCCCGGCUGCCCUCCCUGAGCGUGCAGCCCAUCAGCAACGCCGACUGGGUGUGGCUGGUCAAGCGGCUGCACAAGCUGUGCAUGGAGCUGUGCAACCACUACAUCCAGAUGCACCUGGACCUGGAGGGCGGCAUGGAGGAGGCGCCCGUCUUCAGGAGUGACCCGUUCUUCAUCCUCCCCUCCUUCCAGUCGGAGUCAUCCACCCCGUCAACUGGCGGGUUCUCGGGGAAGGACACCCCUUCUGAGGACGACCGGAGCCAGACCCGGGAUCACACCAGCGAGCCCGGCAGCCUGAGGGCGGGCGGCGGGGACCUGCUGCUGCUGCCCCCGAGCCCCAAGGUGGAGAAGAAGGACCCCGGCCGGAAGAAGGAGUGGUGGGAGAGCGCGGGCAACAAAAUCUACACCAUGGCGGCCGACAGAACCAUUUCCAAGUUGAUGACGGAGUACAAGAAGAGGAAGCAGCAGCAUAACCUGCCCACGUUCCCCAAAGAGGUCCAAGGGGAGAAGAAGGGCGAGCCACUGGGUCCGAGGGGCCAGGACUCCCCGCUGCCUCAGCGUCCCCAGCACUUGAUAGACCAGGGGCAGAUGCGCCAUUCGUUCAGCGCGGGCCCCGAGCUGCUGCGACAGAAGAGGCCCCGCUCCGGCUCCACCGGCAGCUCCCUGAGUGUGUCCGUGAGGGACGCCGAAGCACAGAUCCAGGCAUGGACCAACAUGGUGCUAACAGUUCUCAAUCAGAUUCAGAUCCUUCCAGACCAGACCUUCACGGCCCUGCAGCCAGCGGUGUUCCCAUGCAUCAGCCAGCUGACCUGCCACGUGACGGACAUCAGAGUGCGCCAGGCUGUGAGGGAAUGGCUGGGCAGAGUGGGCCGGGUCUAUGACAUCAUCGUGUAGAAGACUCACAUUGACGAAAUACAAUAGUGGAGGUUAGAGAAUGCCUGCUGGUCCAACAGAUAGCAUUUUCCCCACCACCAGCCCCACUGAAACCAGAGUCUCAGAGAACAGUCUGCCCCUCCCUCGCUAAUCAGCACAGGGGCCAUUCUGGACACUCAACCUUGUAUCUAGAGGACACAAACGAUACUUUGAUUUUGCACAUUAUUUCAGAAGAGUCUCCAUUCUUUGACACAUUUCUAAAUUUUGAUGUUUAUUUCCCAGUGCUUUUGCCUGCAGUGUUAUUCCCAAAAGGGUCCCUUUCAAGGACUACUCCUUUGAAAACACUACACUGAUCCAUCUGAUUUUUUUUUUUUUUUCUUUUAAAUGCAAUUGUUAAGGAAAUAUCUGCUGGUAAGUCAAGCUGAUGUGUAAGCACUCUGGCAUCUGGUAGCAGACAUUCUUCAUCAGAGGAAGAUUUUCAUUAUGAUUAUGGGCUUAGCAGGGAAGAAAACAGUUGGAAAAACAUAUUCUUGGGUGUCAUAGUCAAGAAAGGGAUGACUUCCUCUGUAAAAUGUUCCAGAACGUUUCAAAGUUGUCCUAAAUUGUCAAGAUUUUCCGGUUGGUAUUCACCAACUUCUUUUAAGGUACUGUUGUGCCUUUAUUUCCCUAUUUCUAAAGGAAGAAAAUGCUUUCCUGGCAGGUUUUAAGUCUGUGUCCUGGCAGCUUUUGGCACACUGCUCCCAGUGAUAGUGGCUGAUAGAGAUCUUGCCAAGAGACAUAAGACUGACCCACCACCCUGGCUUCCCAUUAGCCUUUGCUUUUGCUCCCAAGGCAAAACAGGAAAGGGAAAGAAAAAAUGGUGCCUUAGUUUCUUGUUGCACAGACAUUUCUAUGCUCCAGCUACCUGAACGUAAGGCAGAACAUCGGAUUUUUCAGAAAACAAAAUGUUAAAAUGCAACUCAUUUUGUAUCAGCAUCCUUGGAGGAAAGGACUCAGUUCUCCAUCCAGUGAGCAGACUUCUCAGGGGACGGGGCAGGAAGUGUGGGGUGGUAGGAAGACAACUGGAAGGGGUAAGAAAGGAGAUUGGGAUGAAGUCAUUUUCAACCUUAAAAUAUUAUGCAACCGUCACAUGAAAUUAUACUGUCAGCCAUACAAGCUCUCGUCUCAGAAGAAAAUUAAAGAAGGGGGCACAGUGAAAUUUAGGAAAUUAAGUUUUUCAAUUUAAAAUAUUUGUCCUCUCUGGCAAGUAAAUUUACCCUAUGUCUGAGGUCCUUCUAAACGGCUAUUUUACAUGGAUAUUUCUUUUAGAUAGAACUAGAAAAUUAAUUUGGAACCUUUAUCUUCUUUACAAUAUACUUAGUAGUUCUUAAAUUAUAAUGACUGAAACUCCUCAAUCAGGCCCACUCGUAUACAUUCUAGAAAAUAGAGUUAGUUGCUAAGACCUACAUUAUCAUUUUCCCAGCCCCUAAAAAUGUGUUCGUAAUUGAGUGUCAUUCUUUAAAAAUAAAAUAUCAACUCUUCAGUAUAGAAGUAAGGAUUUAAAACUAACAACUUUACUCAGUGCUGGUAUUGGUAAACUUUGUCUUGAGAAAUAGGUAACUAUCUACAAGGUUAAGAUGAAGACAGGGUUCCCUGAUUUAUUUAGGCAAUCUAAAAGAACCCCAUCAUUCCGUAUACCAUCUAGAGAUCACUACAGAGUCCAGAAGACGCAUUUCCAGUUCCACAACACCCUCUCUUUGCCUUCUUCAGCUUUUACUCAUUAGACAAAAAAGUAUAGAAACAGAUCAACUAUUUGAUCUUGACAAGCAAUGAAUUUUGGGGAUAGCAACUAGCUGUAGUCUAUACUUUUAAAUUUUUAUAUUUUGAAAGUAGACUUGAGAGUCAGGUACUGUUUUAACAAAAGCUACAAAAAGAAACAGAACCACCAUGAUGUACUGCUAAUAUGAGGUUUAGUUCCCCUUUCUGAGCCCAUGAGGACCCCAAAAUUCACUUUGGGGGUGGGGAAGGAGCUUCAGUAGAGCAGAGUAUCAAAUCAGAGUGAUUAUAAAAUGUUUAUAUGUAGCAACUUUUUAUAAAGUGUAAAAAUUCGAGGGAAGCCAGUCUCAAUGUAGAAUGUCAUGUCCCAGAGUAUGUUAGUUAACUGUUUAGAAAUCAGAAUCCAUUCUCACAUAGAUGCUCUCUUAUGAGAGCCAAGACUAGUUUAUGAAAAUAAACUGUAGGUUCCAAGAAUUAAAAAGUGAGAAAAUGUAUAUCAUUCUUUACCUACAGUUUUUAAGAGGGUUUUGGCCCCUUCCUAUCAUCUAUUCUACAGCCUAUCCCAAAGCCCACAUUGGUCUCCAGCCACCUCCAUUCCCAGCAUACCCUGUGCUCCACAUCCACAUCAGAUUUCAACCAGAAAGUUAGCUAAAGGACCAUACUGCUUCCCAGAGGUAUCUAUGGUUGUCAAAAAGGAUAUUGCCUGAGGCAAAUAAUUUCCAAUGAAUAGGACGUCAGGUCACAGUGAAGUGACCGUGCCCUGGUCAGCCCCUCACACUCUCCUGGUGUCUUGGUUUCUGCCUUUCCUCCAUCUCUUCCUUCACUCCCUCUCUCCCAAGGUCUCUGAAAGACCAAGAUCAAGACAGCCUUGGUGGUUAAAACAGUUAUUACCGUAUAUUUACUGAUCUAAGCAGAAUAAGAUUUUGCACGUUGCUUUCAGUUGCCUGUAUUUACUGCCAAAAGUGUGUUACCCUAAGGUUGAGAUUUACUCUUUUUAAUAUUUUGGUAAAGUAUGCAUUAUGAAAGCACCUAGAAAAUUGAAGAGUGUUUAGGAAUUCCUGACAGCCAAGUAGACCACACUUAUCAUCAGAUUUCUCCUUGCCAUAAGGGCAGAGGUUUGAUGGAGGGCUAGGAUCUCUCCCAGCUAUUGCCUCUCCUGAUUAGCUUUUAAAGAUUUUUUUUUUUAAAUUUAUUUGGCAGAGAGAGACACAGCGAGAGAGGGAACACAAGCAGGGGGAGCGGGAGAGGAAGAAGCACACAAGCAGGGGGAGCGGGAGAGGAAGAAGCAGGCUUCCCGCGGAGCAGGAAGCCCGAUGUGGGGCUCGAUGUGGGGCUCGAUCCCAGGACCCUGGGAUCAUUGUCUGAGCCGAAGGCAGACGCUUAACGACUGAGCCACCCAGGCGCCCCUCCUGAUUAGCUUUUAAAAACGCUUGGGCUGCCUCUUUACACGAUCUUAUUAUCUCUCCCCUUUGAUUAUUUUCUAGCCUUCUCCAUCAAUACAAAACGAGGACAUUUUCUACCAUCUUUAUGCUAUUUGGUGACUGACCAAGGCAGAUGAUAACAUACAUAACCGCUCAGAUUAAAAUAUUUGCAAUCAAAUGUGACAAAAUAUUAACAUAAUUCAGAAGUACCUUUAAAUGGAAACUUCCUGGUACAAUAUCACCAGCUUUUAGUAAAUCUUGCUCUUUUAAGAAGAAGGCUUAUAACAGAGUCAAUGGAGAAAGCCAAGUGGUCUUAACCAUAAGAAGGUAAUGCGAUUGUAUAAUAAAUAUCCCAGACUUUCUCCAAAUACAUCACAAGACUGCUUAGGUAGGAAAGUUUUUUUCUCAGAAAAGAAAAUCCAUUUGUAUUCCACACAUCGAACUAAGCAGAAUAAAGACCUUUGUUUGGAGCUGAUUUCCACAGCAAGAGUUUGCAAACAAGCAGGGGGGAGGUGACAUUUGUCAAGGGCCACUGUGAAUGUAGACCUUACCUACGUUAGCAUUUUAUUCUCACAAUAACCUUGUCAAACGGGCAUAGAUUUCCUCAUUUUUUUUUUUUUUCAAAUGAGGAUACAGACCCAGAGAGGUUAAGAACCUGGCUGGUUGCAAAAGAAGAGUUCCUGAAUUCAAAGGCCUUGCUCUCUCUACAACACCUUGCUCUAAGUACACAGAGUAAAGACUUUAGUGUUUCCAGGAAUUAAACAGUUAAAAUGAGAUGAAAAUAUCUGAUUAAUGUCCCAGAUCUGCUAUGUUAUAGGGAUUUUUCAAAUAGGGUUAAAAAAAAAAAAAGAUAGUGUUUACACAUAGAAAGAUCAUAUAUAACAUAAUAUUUUGAGUGAAAAUAAAAUAAGGUCCGAACUUCAAUCUUAAAGCAGGCCUUCAGUGCUAAUUUAGAAAACUUGCCAAAUUAGUUGGAAAUGAUGGAAUAAUAUUAUUCUUGGCCAGUUGCCAGGCGGAAAAGAGUGGCAGUCUCGAUUGGUAAACUUUUUUCAAUUGCCAUUUAACCACUCAGAAUAAAGUGCCCUGUAGCCAACAGUGCCUCUCUACUUGCUUCCCUGGGAAGUAUCCAGUAGUAGAUAUGUAAGUCAUCAUCAAAGUUUGGGAAUAUGCAAAAUAAAUUAUAACCAGUUUUCAAAUGCAGUCUCUCCAAAGAGGAAGCGACAGGUAAGACAAGAUAAUUUAAAGAUCCAGGUACUGGGGGCAUCAGGUCAAUAUCCACAGUAACCAUGUGCCAUAUGCCUAAAUAUUUCUACAUACUCUUCAGACAAGGAAACAGAAGGAAAAUCCAACAGACUGCAUUAAGUGGAUGACAGAACUUGGAUACACAUGGGUACCACUUAGGUGAUCCUAGUGGCAUUUAGUGUGGCCUUAAGCAAGAGACUCUUUUUAAGCACUUUUUAUUGGAAAUGUGAACUUGCUGUUGAGCAAGAUUUAGGAAACUAGUAAAGAACUCCUAAUUAUGCUUCAUCAAAAAAAUUGUGUUCUCUUCCCUCGUAGUGGAACAAUCUAGAAAACUGUCUCUCCUUUCGUGAGAUCCUCUUCCUCUGCUUGUAAUGUUUGUAUUUGAUGUGGAAGUAAGAAAUAGUUUAAUACAAAGUUUUGGACUAGAACACCCCUUAGAUUUCCAAAACACAGUUAUUGCUUCAGGGAAAACAGACAAAAGAAAAAAAAAAAUUAUCCCUGGGGAUAAUUUAUGAGAAAUUCAGUUGAGAACAAUGCUCAAUUUCCUUACAAACAAUGGCACCACUUACUGAUUGAAGAAAACUCGGUACAACACCACCCGCACCGUACAAAACCUUUCCCCUCUAUCUUUGUGAGAUAAUGCAUGAGUGCUCCCUGGAGGAGAGACUGGCUGACCAUCUUAGUGACAAAACUGUAGUCAGCUGCUGGUUAAUCCCAUCCGGUUCUGGUCCUCCCAGCCUUUCAACCAUCAAGAAUUGUUGCUACUCUUGGUUCCUCUCCUGAAGGUUCAGUAGUGGUUGUGUAGUAUCUUCUGACUUGUUCUCAAGUGGUUCUCAAACGUUAGCACACAUCAGGAUCACCUGGAGGGCUUGCUCAAACACAGGUGGUUGGGCCCACACCCAGGGUUUCAGAUUCAGUAGGUCUGGAAACUUGCAUUUCUAACAAGGACCCAGGUGAGGCCAAUGCUGCUGGUCUGGGGAUCACACUCUGAGAACUGCCUUGAAAAAAUUUCCAACUACUAACUUUAAGAUCAGCCUGACUUAUCAAGCUAUAGAGAAACACCAAACACCAAGUUGGGCAGACAACUUGGGAUUGAAUUCUCUACAGCAUUCCUGCUCCAUCUUCCCAGUUUCUAGGUUUAUUAUACCAACAAUUCGGUUUUUUACAAGCUAAAAGACAAUGAAUGUAUCCGUUCAAUGGAACAGUGAGAUUUGUGUAAGCUUCUCGUCUUUGUAUUUAGAAACACUGGUUCUGUGGAUGAUCAGUUGCAUCAUGUUGACCCUUCGACUUGUACUGAUGUGAUUUUAAAUUUAAAUAUGUAGUGUUUGAGUUUCUUCUGUCAUUAUGGUUUUACUCUUCCCAUCUCAACUCUGUUACAACCUUGGCUCCUGGCUUCCAGAGGUUUUUGAGUAGUUGCUUGCUUGCCAGUAGGUUUCUCUCUCUCAUUAGCCACCCAAACAGCGACACUUCAAAAUGAUAUUACACUACUUGAUGUACCUUCAUCUUUCACUUAACUGUCUGGUGUAAAAAUUUCCUGUGUAUCUGUAAAGAGUCUACCAAGUGGUUUCAUGGAAAUCUGCAAACUGAAUAACUCCGUUUUGAGCAGUAUAUGUGCCUGUUUUAAGGACUUUUCAGUAAAUGUGUUUGUUUUCGUAUCUGCACAGUGGAGACCGUAUUCUCUCAUCUUCCAGUGAUGGGAGAAAUGUACACGUGCAUCCAUAUGCUUUGGGAAUACAGUGAAAUGAUGUCAAAUAUCAGGGGGGGCCUUAGUUUAUCUCCUAACACGUUGAUUAAUUAGCUUUGGAAAUUCUUUUUGCAUUAAAAAAAUAAGGAUCAUCGAAUAAUUCAAGAGAAAAAAAUCAAGUACCUUAAAAUUAUCAUCUACAUGUAAACUAUAUUAGUUACAUAUCAUUCUUAUUGAUUUAAUUUUCUCUAAAGCCUUCUGCUUGAAUACCCUGACAUCAUUUAAAUUACUUUGGAUUGUAUGAAUAGAAAAUAAUGGACAAUAUUUACUAGAAUUAGUGAGAUCAGAAAGCAUAUCAAAGUGUUAAUGGUACUAAAGAGUCAAGUUCUUGCCUCUGUGGAUGGAAAUAAUUGGUUUUUUUUUUCACUUUUAUUUUCCAUAAUCUGUUUUGGAAAUUAGGUGUGCUUUUAGUUCUUCUAAUAGUAAUUGAUUUUGAAAUUAAAAUAUUAAUCUCUAGGAAUAAUUUAUUUCCAACUUAUGUUACCAAUUGGUGCCAAAAAAGGGAGGGGGUAUCUAAAAGCCAAUCUUUCGAGCUACCACAUAAAAUAUGUUCUCAAGUUAGGGAAUCUCGGGCCCUGCCACCAGUGGUCACCCAUGGCUACCUCAUGAUCACGUGCGGGCUACUCUGUAUUCCUCCCUUGGCAGUUCUUCUGUCUGUAUUUUGUUGGAAGUGGUUCUCUGUAAUAAAAACCAGUGUCCUGCUAAAUAGGCAAAACUGGACAAAGAUUAAUGCUGUUGAUGUUUUGGGUUUCACUUCAAUGGAAACCAUGUGGUAGGAUAUCCAGGUAUGGCAUGACAGGGGCAGGAGCAGGUGCCUAGAGGGAAAGAGUAAUUUCACUUAUUUUUGUUUGUUGAUUUUAUUUCAGUGGAUGGGUGGGGGUUGGAGGAAGGGAGCUAAGAAUAAGACAUUUAUUGCCCUAAUCAUGCCAAAAGACUAUUAUUCAAGAUUAUUUUCCUGCUUUUCUAAGAGAAAUAAAUUACAUUAUAAACAGUUCCCCAACUACCAUUUCCCACUCUAAAGUCAGUGGGUGAUAAGGGUUCUUUUAUCCCUUCUUGUAUUAUGCCAAAGAAUUGAUUUGUUUCCAUUAAAAAUUAUAAAUAAAUGAAGCGUGAUAUAGCCAUAAUGAUUUGAGUCAGUAUACCAUUUUAUCUGUAAAAUGCAGAAUUCAUCCUUGCAAUCCCAUUCACCAGGAGCCUUGGAGCAUUUUGUUUACUCCAAAGGAUUUGUCAAGGAAGUAAAAUUUUUAUUUUGCCUUCUUAGUCAGUUUGCUCACAUUUAUUAAUUUAAAAAAAAGGAAACAACCCUAAAUGUAGAUAAACUGUUUGAUUUGAUAGAAUCUGUUCAUUGUUUAACAGGUCCCUGUAAGCAAGCUUGCAAGUGUAUUUUGUGUACAUUUUAUCUGAGGUGAAAAUGAAAAUUCUAAAGAGAAGAUAUUUUAAAAGAUACUGUAUUUAUGUUGCCUGUGUUGUAGAAUAAAAAUUCAAAUGCAUUUAAAAAGC